AUGACACCAGAUAUUACAACAAAACCGACGAUAACGGGUGCAUCCACAAGUGCAACAACUGUCGCCGCUGCAGUCGCUACCGGAAGAACAAUGAAAGCAAAACUAUCAGAUGUAAAAAUGCUGUCAUCGUCGUCGACGUCGCUGUCAAUAUCAAUGUCACCGUCAACGUCCAGUGUAAAGCGACAUCUUUUGACAAUUGAAAAGCUACGCAACCGUGUGCGUCAAAUAUUACAAUGCGUAAUUAAUUUGCACAUUGACAUUUUGGUAAUCGAAUCGAAUGUCAAUCAACUGAUAGACGACGUUAAAGAACUGAAUGCCGAUCUAAUGGAAGUACAACGUCUGGACAAUCUAAUACAAACGCUUAGAGAUUACAAUGGACCCACCAUAUGCCAUGAAUGGCCUUUUCCUUUGGUCUGUCAAGGGACCAUAGACGAAGCUGAUCUUGCACAAUCACUAAAUACUAAAGAGAUGUUUAAUUCUUCCAUUUCACAAUAA